AUGCAUGCUCUUGACUUGUCGUUUUUGGCCAGCUCGGACGAGUUUGUGGCGAAACUCGUCACCUGUGACGGCGAAACCAAGCUGUCUACGGAGGAGCUACGGCAGGCGAUCGCCAAGCUGGUGGUCACCUGCGACCUCCCCUUCCGCAUCGUCGAGUCCGAGGCCUUUCGGGAGCUAUUGAUCCUGCUAAACCGCAACUGCGCGCAGAAGAACUUCAUCCCCUCGCGCUGGACGGUAUCCCGCGACACCGUGGUCUAUGCAACAGUAGCUCUCCAGUCCGCCAUUGCGGAGAUGCUGGCGAAGGAGGGGGAGUUGGGGUGCAAGGUGUCGAUCACCAUCGACAUGUGGACGGCACCCAACAACAAGGCAUGGCUAGUGGUGACAGGUCACUGGAUAGACGAGAACUUCCAGCUGCGCACAUUGGUGCUUGAGUUCCGUGAGAUGCUCGGGCGGCAUGGGGGCAGGGAGAUGGCGCAGGUGGUUGAGGAGACGAUUGUGCAGUGGGGGUUGGAGGGGCGUUGUCUUGGUUUCACGAUAGACAACGCCUCUAGCAACAUUGCCGCCUUCAGGCGGAUGUCGGAGGAGGGUGGUGGUCAGUGCUUCUUCAACUCGCGCAUGCACUUCCGUUGUAUGGAGGGGUGGGCCGGUGCGGCCAACCCCGCCACGCCGAAGCCGGCGUUGAAGCUGGUGCAGGACAGUCCUACGCGCUGGGGGUCGACCCACGACAUGGUCGAGCGUGCGGCUGUUCUGCAGAACCCCAUCACUGUCUUCUUCGCCCAGACACAGGGCUUGUCGAAGACCGACAAGAAGAAGGUGGAAAGUUUGCGCCUGACAGACGCAGACUGGGAGACCCUGCAGGCGGUGAAGACAUUCCUAAGCCCCUUCGCCAAGGUCUCCAAGGCAGCAGAGGGGGCGGCGUACCCGACUGUGUCGAUGGUGCUGCCGUACAACAACGGCCUGAUCGACGCCAUGGAGUCGCGCCUUGCCAAGGGGCCAUCUCCGACGCUGCAGCCGAUGAUCGUGGCGGCGCUGAGCCACUUGAAGAAGUACGCCUACAUCACCAGCAACGAGUACUGGAUCGCCACCUUCUUGGACCCUUCCAUGAAGGCGGCGUGGUUCGACGACGCGCACUGGGAGAAGCUGCAUCCCGAGACCGACAGGAGGGUGAGGCCGCAUCCGGCGUCUGGCGAGGUGAUCAAACUGGUGCGCGACCGCGUGGCCGAGUACCAGGCCCGGGCUACAGAGCUUGCUCCACGGCCGACCCCACUUGCCCCCGUUGCGGAGGAGGAGGAGGGAGACGAGGCGGAGGACGACGAUGACGCGCAGUUUCUCCCUAGUCGCCGACGACUUGCGGCGCGUCUAUUGCUGGACGCUAUUAUAUGGAGUACCAUUGGACACUCGCUACCUUCUCACCUUCAUCGACGACCACUCCCGCCACACUACAAUAAUUUCACCUUCCGUCUCUCUCCCCUCCAUCUUCAUCUCGUCCUCACUUUUGCACCACUCGGUCCUCACCACCAUCCCCUUUAG